GAGAGCACGCCUUGUAUGAGGACACGUGUCUUGACUUUUGGGACGAUAUUUACAUUAAAAUAGUGAAUACGUCAACUGUUUGUUCGAUGUAUUUAGCCGGUGUUUCAUUUUAAAUUUGGUUGCAAUCAAAAUCAUUCUAUACCUUCUCUAUUUCAUUCAAAGUAUAAUUAUGAAGAGCUUAUUUUCUUUAGUUUUGCUUUCUUUUACCCUGUUUAACAUUGUUUACUGUGAUGAAUCGGAACUGGACAUUGAAGUAACUCAAAAAGCCGAGAAAUGUGAUAGAAAAUCAAAAAAGGGCGAUUUAUUGUCGAUGCAUUAUCGAGGUUCAUUAGAUGAUGGAAAAGAAUUUGAUUCCAGUUUUGAAAGGAAUGAGCCAUUUAGAUUUCAGUUGGGAAUCGGACAAGUGAUCAAAGGUUGGGAUCAAGGUCUAGUUGACAUGUGCCCUGGUGAAAAAAGAAAACUCACAAUUCCACCUCACCUUGGUUAUGGCGAUGCUGGAGCAGGUGAUCGUAUUCCUCCAAAAGCUACUCUAAUUUUUGAAGUAGAACUGUUGGACAUAGAAGAUGGGCCAGCACCUGUUAAUGUUUUCAAAGAAAUAGAUUUGGAUGAAGACAAUCAACUUUCUCGUGAAGAGAUAAGCGAUUAUUUGAAAAAGCAAAUUCCUGAAGCAGAAGCAGCUGGUAUGCAUGAUCUACCAGAAUCAGAUAAACUUGUUGAAGAUAUAUUUCAACAUGAGGACAAAGACAGGAAUGGGUUCAUUUCCCACGAAGAAUUCAGUGGUCCAAAGCAUGAUGAAUUAUAAAAUUCUGUCUUAUAAUGGGGUGAUAUAAUAGCUCAAUUGUUUUAAAUUAAUAUAUUUUAUAAUUUUUUAUACAUGAAUAAGAAAAGUCUGUUAAUACUUGUUAUUCUAAAUGCAUAUUUUUUACAAAAAAAAAUUAACCUGCACAAAUUUUAUUGUGGUGUAUGAUGCACACUUUUUGAGAGACAGCUACUAUUUGUUAAAGGUUAUUGAAGGUUUACAAUUUUACAUAUACUUGGUUAAGUGUAAUAAUUUUUCUUGGAUGCUGGAUAUAUAUUUUUUAUUUAAAUUUACAGGAUGGGCUGAAAUAUCUUGGCAACAUUAUUAUUCUUUCCUUUAUUCUAUAAUUGUUUUAUUCUUAUCUCUAAAAUUUUAUUGAAACAGUAGGUCCCUGCUUAUUGGGAAGUGUUUUAGUACUUUUAACUGGUUUGUAGAUAAACUGAAUAUUAUCUAACUUUUUGAACAUUUUUAACUCUUAUGGAAAAAAAAAUCUUUGUCUUAACUGAAGAGUCAUUAUGUUUGAUCUUUAAAUGAAUUGUAUAUCUUAAUCAAAUUUAUUCUUAAUCACUCAUUAUUUUGUAAAAUGCUGCUAUUAAAUUUGACAAAUAUUUGUAAAUAACAUUUAAUUUUUGUAAGACAACCUGUGAUAAAAUACAUAUCUUUAAAUUUUAAUGAAUUUUUUGAUUCAUAAAUGUUAUCUAUACUUUAGGUGUUGCUUUAUUUCCAAUGUAAUUCUCUAAGAUGUUGUAUUGAACUAUGUUAUGUUCAUUUGCACAUUUUCUUUUUAUAUUAAUUAAUAUAACUUUAGAGGAAUUUAAAUCUACAUAUAUUUUUUUAAAUCUGAUGCAAUAAUCUCUAUUUUUUCUCCGUUGCCUAUAAAUUCCAUUGUCACAUUUCACUCAAAAAUAUAAGGGUUAAAAAAAAGAUAUAAAAACUAUAUCUUUUUUUUUCCUUAAAAAAAUUUCAGAACAUGCUAAGUGUCACAUUAACUUUGAAUACCUUGUCCAUGUUGAUUACACAUCUUGGUUUUUAAUUUUGCAUGUUAUAUUACUAAAAAGAUAUGUUUAAAUCUGGAAUUAUUAGGUGUUGAACUUGUUAAAUUGCUCCUUUCUUACAAGUUUUUAGAAUUGUAAAUUUAUUUUAUUAGUCUUUGUGAUUGACAUUUUUUAUACACCUUUUAAAAAUAAAACAAAAUUUGUGAUUUUGGAGGAAUGAACAAACUCUUGCCAGAAUGUAAAUAUAUUUAUAUUAUGACUCUUUCAAAUGUUACACAUUUUAAAUUGCCAUAUAAUAAUUUGUGAUUUUACAAAUUUACACACUGAAAUGAGACUUGUAUAAAUGUUCAGUAUCUUGUGGCUCUAUUCUUCUUGUAAAACUUUUUAGUAUUGUUUAUAAUGCAGUACAACAAAUCUAAAAUAAACUAUUUUAAAUUUUUUA